GGGUUACCCACUCAGUGUCCUCUAGGUCUCGUGAGGGUCUGGUUGUAGCAUCUUGAGCCGCGGAAUUUGUAGCUCCAGUAGUGUUGUGUGCUGGGGGACAGAUAGCCCCGGGAGUGCCAAGGGAGACCAGUGGGUGAGCGGAAGGCUGUGCAUACUCACCAUGGGCUCACAGGGAUGGACUUCGCUCCUUCUGCUACUGGCAACAGCGGCGGUCAUGGCGGGAGCAACCAAAGUGGAAUACGCAGUGGAAUGCUCCGCCGAUGCCAUGGUGGUCCGCGUGCCCUCGGCGGGGGUGGCCUCCGUCGAGCUGGACAAGUGGGGGGAGCUGCCCGGCUGCGCCCCCGUCCUCGAAGACGCCCACUGGACGCUCACGCUGCCCCUCGACGACGCCCUGCCCUGCGGAACCACCAGGGUCAGGAACAAGAUCACGGUAAGGUCAGCCCUCGAUGCUCCUGUGGUGGGCGUGGCGAAGGACCUCCUCGAAGGCCUCGAGCAGGACCUCCAGGGCUCUCCUUCCGCCUAG